AUGUCUUCUUAUACAAGUAGAUAUAGACCAUCUACACUUGGAUCAAGUGGAAUAGGCUAGAAUUAAGCAGCAACAACAUAAUCUAGCUAUAGAUAAUCAGUUACAACAACAACAACAUCAUCUAAUUUAUCAGUGCCAUAAACAACCACUACAAGUACAUUUGAGAGAUCAGAAGGGAGAAGAUCAAGUACAAUUAAAGCACCACCAGCUACAGCGUAAAUAGUUAUUUAUAUGAAGUGUUUAAAUGACACCACCAUCAGGAGAGAGAAAAUGGUUAGGAAAAUACCCAGAAGUUGUUUGUUUUCUUUUAGCAUUAGAGAAUGAUAGGAUAAUGAGAGAAAAUGAUGCAUUAAUAAAGAGAAUAAAGGAAUUAGAAAGUUAGAGUGAAGGUGGAGAUGUUAGAGUGAGAGAAUUACAAGCAAAACUUGAUUAAGCAAAUAGAGAUAUAACGCAAUACAAAUCAGAGAUUGAUAAGCAUUUAUUAAGAAUCAAAUAAUUGGAAACAGAAAUAGCAGAUUAUAAGUCAAGAUUAGGUUAGGUAGAUAACUCACUUGCUUAAAGAUUAAAAGAUGCUGAAAGAAAGAUUUCAGAUUAUGAAAAAGAUAUUAAUUAAUGGAAGAGUAAAUAUUCAACAGAUAAAUCAUCAUGGGAUGCAGAAAUGAAGAGAUUAUAAGAUUUAUUGACUUAAAGAUAGAGGGAAUUGGAUGAUUUGAAGAAUAAUUCAGGUAGAAAUUUAGAUGGAUUAUAAAAAUAAAUAAGAGAUUAUGAAGUUAGAAUUAGAGAUUAUGAAAAUAAAUUUAAUACAUUAUAAUCUGAAUUAGAAAGAUUAACUAAAUUAUUAAAUGAAAGGAAUGCAGAAAAUGAUAGAUUAAAGACAGAUUUAAAGAAUAAAUUAAUUGAGUGUGAUGAUUGGAAGAAUAAGUUUAAUACUUUGUAAUCUUAAUUUAAUACAAUGAAAUCUCAGUAUGAAAGUAAAAUUAAAGAAUUUGGAGAUUUAUUAUAAUAAAGAGACAGAGAUCUAAAUGAUUGGAAGAAUAAAUAUUCAACACUUGAAAAUAAGUACAAUAGUUUGGGUGGUUUAUAAAAUGGAUCUGAAUAGAAAAUAAAUUAAUUAACAUAAUAGACAUAAUAAUAGAUUAGAGAGAUAGAUAGAUUGAAUGGAUUAUUAAGAGAUAAGGAUGCUUAGUACAAAUCGUUAUAGGAAAAAUUAGCAAGGGCAGAAUAGGAUAAUAAAAAUUUAUUAGAUUAAAUUAAUUAAUUGAAUCAAAUGAUUAAAUAAUUAAAUAGAGAUAUUGAGAAAUUAACAGGAGAUUUGAAUGGCAGAAUAAAUGAAAUCAAUUAUUUAAAUUAAUAACUUCAAAAAUGCAAUGAUAAUAUUCGCAACUUAGAAGAUUAAAUAAAUAAAUUAAAUGAUGACCUAAUGAGUAGCAGAGAUGAAAUUAUGAAUCUUAAGAGUUAAAAUGAAUAAUUAACAAAUAGAGUCAAUGAAUUAAAUGAUAGAGCUGGAUAAUAGUAAGGAGAUCUACAUGCAGCAAAUUCAGAAAGAGAAGAGAGAGAACUUACAGUUAAGUAACUGUAAGAAUAAUUAGAUCAAUUAUUGACUGAAAAGUAAAUUAUGGAGUAGUAAUUAAAUGAUCUAAGGAAUGCACUUUAAUCAAAGAAUGAUGAUAUUAGUAGAUUGAAUGCAUAAAACAAGUAGAGAUUAUAAUAAUUAAUGGAUUUACAAAAGAAAUGUACAGAAUUAGAAUAUACUAUUAGUGAAUUGAGAGGCUUGGAAUUAAAGUGCAAAUUAUUAGAUGAUAAAAUUAAUGAAUAUUAAAAAUUGAUUGAUGAUUUAAAGAGAAGAGUUGCUUAAUAAGAUUUAUAGUUGUUAUAGGCUUAAGCUAAUGAAAAAAGAUUGUAAGACUAAGAAAUUCUAAUUUAGAAUUAGGCUAAGGAAAUACAAAGAUAAAAUGAUCAAAUUACAUAAUUGUUGAAAGAAAAUGAUUUAUUAUAAUAACAAAUCUUAUAAUUGGAAAAUGAGAUUAAUAAAUUGAGAUCUCUUGAAAAUUAUGUAGGGGAUUUGGAAAAAUAAUUGUAAAGUGCAUAAGAUGAUUUAACUAAAUUAAGGUAAUUACUUGAUUCAAGAACAUAAGAUUUAAAUGAUUGGAAAGUUAAAUAUUCUUAAUUAUUGCCUUUGGAAGAUUAAUAUAGAGUUUUAGAGGAAAGAUUUAAGUAAGCUGAAUAGAGGGUUCUAUAGCUAUAGAAUGAUAUUGAAAAAUUAAAUAAGAUAAUUCAAUAAAAUUAAAUUGAUAUUGAUACUCACAAAUGGAAUUUAAAUUAACAAGAGAUGACUAUGAAAGUCAAAGAUGAUGCUUUAGAGGCUUUGAAUGAAAGAUUGAGCAAUUUAAUGCAUGAUUAUGAAUAAGAGAGAAAAAAAACCUAGGAUUAUGAAUAAUUAUUAGCUGAACAUUAAUAAAAUUUAGAUAAAUUAGCUUAAGCUAAUACCUAAAUUAAUAAUUUGUAGAGUGAUCUUAAUAAUGCUAUAAAGGAUAUUGAAUCAUUAUAGAAUGAGAAUCAUGAUAUGAGAUAAGAUAUCUAAGAAUUAGAAAGAUAAAUUUAGGAAUUCAAAUAAAAUGAAGCUAGAUACAAAGAUAUUGAAAAUAAAUUUAAUUAAUAAUUAAAAGAUAUUUAGAGAUUGACUGAAUAAUUGAGAGAUAAGACCUAAUAAUUUGAUGAGUUGAAUUCAUAGUUUGGUGCUUUAGAUCUAUAAUUGUAGUAAGCAAAUAAAACUAUUGAUGAAUUGAAUGGAAGGUAUUAAUGAUUAUUAUAAAUGUAGAAUUGCAGAAUUAGAAUAGAUUUAGAGAGAACAUGAGGUACUGAAGACAUAAACAGAUUAAUUGGAAAAUCUAAAUAAAUAAUAUACAGCUGAUCUUGAUAGAUUAAAUGCAAUAGUGAAUUAGAGAUAGAAAGAAUUGGAAGAUUUACGUUAAUUAAUGUUAAAAUUAGAAGAGAGAAUAGGAUAUUUAACACCUUUUGAAGAGAAAGUAAGAAUAUGAUAAAAAUUUAAGUUUUAAGUGAUUUCCCCCAAAUUUUAAGAAUCUCAAGAAAUUGUAGAAAGAUAAAAGUAGGAUAUAAGUAAAUAUUAAGAAUAAUUAAAAACUGUAGAUGAAUUAAAUAAAAAGUAAGAUAUUUAUAAUAAAUAAAAAGAGUUUAAGAUUGCAUGAUGAUCUUAACAAUGUAAUUCACUGAAUGUGAAGGAUUGAGAAGUUAAUUAGAGGAGAAGGAUAAUUUGAUUGCAAAUUUACAAUAAUAAUAAUAGUAGCAAUGAUGAAUAAG